UUGCUGCAAUGUUUGCAGCUUCUCUGUGGCAUGUUGGAAAUGUCCACUAGUGAAUCUGCCGGUCACCCUUUUCAUUAAUCAGGAUCCCCUUUCAAAAUAUUGGUAUGGACCAUGUCAAGAAAUUAUAGAACACUCUGAAUGAGGGUAUUGCUUUGUCUUAGUUUAGUGGACAAUGAAACAUAAUACCAAGAAGCAAUGUCUCUCAACAUACUCUCAAAUCCAGAUCCUGACAAAGCUCAUGAUUGACUAGAGAAUGCCCUUUUUGUCACAAACUCAUCAUGAACAGACAAAUUAUUGGUAGCAAAUUGAUUUGCUCCAGCAUUUACCCUCCAUAGACAUUUUUAAAUGAAUGAUUAAAAAUAUAAUCAUAAUGCCAAAGGCCUAGCAGUGAUGAACUACAUGAUUGGUUAAUCCCUCAAUUUUACUAGAUGCAGGAUGUGAUGAAGAGAUAAUAGGAGCUCCACUUGACCCCUAUGUCCCCUGGCAAAAUGUCAGAUUCCACUCUGUUUGGUUACAAUUUGUAAACCUUCCUUUUGGUUUAUUUCAAGCCCCAGCUCAGCUAUGUUCCCACGAUUCAUGGACAGAAUGCUCCACCCACAUGCUGCUUAUGCGACUGCGUAUCUAGAUGACAUCAUUAUCUAAACUAAUGAUUGUCAGCUGCAAAUGCAGCAUAUGAAUCAUCAGGUCAUUCAGAUAAGACUCACAGCAAACCCUAAGAAUAAUACAAUUACCUGUAAGUGGGUGGAAGAAACCUACAGGAUUUACCUACAGGAUUGGGCCUUCACCCUCUGAUCGGACCAUGUCCUGCAUAAGUGGCUCCAAUGUAACACUGGUCUCUGGCAAUUAAACUAUUUAAUUUGAGGUGGUCCAAAGACUAGAGGCACAAAUGGCUGUGGCAGAUUUCCUCUCAGCAAGUGUGGGAGUCCUUGGCAGACUAUGGCUUCCCAGCCUGAGUUGGGAAGUGGGGGGUAUAUGGAAGCUGGGGCGUGGUCGAACGCAAGUUUGUGAAUGGAGGCUGGAGUCAGGAAAAGUGAGAGGUAGGGAUCUACUGCUGUAUAGGAUUCAAAUAAUGUGUAUUCUGUGUUUCAGCAGCAAGGAUAAAGUGGGCAUAGACAAGUGCCACUAGAGGGAUGGUAAAAGUCAAGGAGAUGGAAAGGAAAAGUCAUAAAUCAGAUGUCAUAAAAUAGACUUCAAAAAAUGUCUAUUUUCUUUUUUAAAAGCUACCGAAGAUUUCUGCAUAGAACUGUACCUGUUCUUUUUUUUUGUUCUGUCCAACUUGUUACCUUAGAGAGAGAAGUGGUAUAAGCCUUAUGCUUAUAGGGGACUUAUGUUUUUUCAAAUAGAAAUGCAAGAAGCACAUUGUUUGGUAAUGUUAGUUAUUCAAGAAAUUGCAAUUUACCCAACAAAACGUAUAAAUUACAUCACUAAAGUCAAAAGAACACACAUAAAUAAAUCCUAGCUAGCAGGUUUGGUACAACACUAAAAGAAAACUUCAGAAGGAAAACCUAAAAUACAAAACAUGGCAAGAAAUUUAUCAUAUUUAAUUGGGCUUAUUCAGUUUGAUCAUUUUCUUGAUUCCACGUGUUGAUGUAUUUAAAAUGAAAAGCAUUACUGUCUAAAUAGCUAGUAUCUAGAGUUAGAAGUGUUAGACACACACAUGAUAAGUUGCAUGUUAAUGUUUACUAGCUAUGCCAACAUUACCCUGUUAACUAAAAUCACUGCUCUGGUGGUUGAAACAUCAAUCAUUUUCAGAUUAAUUUGGUACCUUUGUGAAACAUCAGUCACUUUAUCAGAACUUUAAAACAAUUACAUAAAACUUAGACAGUCAAGAGCAAUUAAAAUCUGAUUUUAAAGAAGAUCGUUUGUAAGUUAUUUUUCUUUUUAUUGUUUUAUUGUUAUUUCAGUUAAUUAUUUAUUUAACACUCUUUUUCCUCAACCAAGAUCAAAUAUUAAUUCUGUCUUACAGAUAAAAAAAAAAGAUUGGUGUAGGUGGGAAGAUCCUGAACAUGUUGUUCCUUAAGGCCUCCAAAUGUCAAGAGUCUGUUUUUACUCGUGUCUGUAUUGUGUCUUGCUUCUCUAUCAAUGUACUAUAUAGUAUAGAAAUAUAAUCUUGCCCUUUGGAUCAGAUUGCCCCUAUUGAGCAGCAUGAUGUGCUCUUUUCAAAAUAAUCUCCGUUAACUACAAAAGACUUCUGUCUUUGUAGACCAAAAGGCAUUAUAUUGCUUUAAGGGCAUUAUAAAAAAGUCACAUUGUUCAUUCACAAUUCUAUGUGCAACAUUAGAAUAGAUAAUACUGUCAAGCUAAGAUCCUGUUACUGUUCGGAUAUGAUUAAAGUUGUCUGUGGUAACUCUAGAGACCUGUUUUCCAUCAAUAAAUAAGUUACAAAAGUUUCAACAUCCUCUUUCAUUUAUAAUAAAAAACAAAUAAUUUUAUUAUAAUUAGGGCAUUUUAUCAUUAAGUUAUACUAUAUUGUUAACUGCACUUCCCUCCCCAUCUUUUGUCGGUCUCCUAACCACAGGCUUCAGCAUGAUUACACACAAACAAAGCAAAAUUGGAAGUAGCUUCAUGUCCAGUUCAAGUGACAAGUAAAAUUAGGGAACAUCUGCUUAUUACACAAAUGCUUUCAUAGAAUAAAAAUUGAACUGAAAUGAUUUAUAUCAAAUAAAGUAAUGCACAUUUAGUUUAAAACUACAGUUCUUUAGCAUAUUAACUAUUAUAUAGAUUUUAAUGGUCAUAUAUUAUAUACAUACCCAAAAAUUGAUUGUACUUACAAAAAAACUCAUGCUUCUUAUUGUGUGUUUUUCACUGUUUCUGCAUCUUCCAUCAGGGGAUAGCAUUUAAAAUUUGCGAAAUAUGAAAUUUAGAUACGAUUAAUUCUACAUUAUUAUCAUCUGCUGUUGUUCUUUCAGUUUGGAAUGUUGGUCUGUUUACAUGUAAGGAAUUAUCACCACUUUUCUGGUAACAAGACAGUGUUACUUCACUACUAAUAACAUAUAUAAAUAAAAAGGAUUAGCAAUUAGUCACUUACACCACAUAUGACUUUAUGCACUCUGUUUGCCUUUCCAUGGAGAUUAAAAAAAAUGCACACUAACAUAACACAAGGUUAAUGGGCACAUUACUGAAUAAUGGCUUAUUUUUUGUAUAUGGUAACAACUGGGAAAACAACACACAUGAUUUAUGGAUAGGUUUACCUUAUUAUCAUAAGACCUGAUCUGCCAUUUUUGUAACCUCUAACUGCUACAUUUACUGACUUAUUAUUUGAUAAAAUGUGAAAAAAUGUCAUGUUGUUUGUUGUUUUGUAGUUUGUUACUGUAUUAUUACCAUGCCAUUGCUACAGUGGCACUUAAGGGCACCUUUACAAAAAAGAAACCCUCAGGAACCCAGAUACAACACCCACCCCAACACCACCCCCCUCACCACACCAGCCGCCCCCUUUACCCCAUACACAGAUCUUUUAAAUUUUGAACUUAAACUGUUUCCUCCCGAUUGUUUAUAAGCACAAUAUAACAGCAUUCUCCUUUUAUAUUUUAUAUUAGGAUAUGUGAAAUAUUAAUGUUAGUCAGCAUUUAAAUGAGCUUUAGCUAGCAACUAGCUUUAACUAGUUGUUUUAGAUGGAGUAUUGACUUUAAAAGUUUGAUCGUGAGAACAAGUAAUAUAUUAACAGUGCAAUAAGUUUUUUAAUUAUUUCGCGAGCAGUAUUGAAAACACAACAUUAUUAGAUUCAAGUCUUCCUAUAUUGAUUCUAGCACACUGGAGCCUGUAAAUAUUAUGAGAUUCAAAGUCUGCAUUAUUGGUCCCAUAAACCUAGCUCUUAGAAAUACCUACAUGCCUUUUGCUGAUGCAUUUCUCCUAUCAGUAAUGAGAAGGCUCCCUUAUUCAAAAUGCAGGUAUUAUGUUUGUUGCCAAGAAGUCAGGAUGCCUGGCAACACUACUGUGGUUUGAUUAAGAAAAAAUAUUCUAAUAUAUUGCUAGAAUAAAACCUCUUUUACUUCUAUAUGAAGUAGCAAAUGAAUUCUAUGGAAAUAAAUCUACUGCUUAGAACUGUGAAAAAAAUAAGUAUCCCAAAAUGCAAAACAUUUUACAGCUUUUGACUAAUGCCCUUAUCCAAAGUCAGCUAGGUCAGACACUAAAAAUAGCAAUAGUCUAAACGCCAUGUAGGGGAGGUUGGUAUUGUAUGAAAAAUCAAGACAAGGAUAAAAACUCAAGAAAAAAUGAAUAAAAACAACUCAACGUGUUAAUUUAAGUACUUUAGUUAUUAGGCUUAGUCUGAAGUCAGCCAGUAACUCAGUAUCUUUGCACAAUUCAUUACAACACCUUAUAUAACUGCUGCUAUUAUAUUAACUGUUUAUUCUAGCAUCUUUACACGUGCUAUAAAAUAUUUAGUAUAUACACUGGUCGGUGCUGCUUUUGUGUGUUGUCUUGUAGUGUUUUGUAUUGUUUGUUUGCACUGCCUUUUGUCUCACACUGUUUGCACCAGGUGGCACAGAUGCACUUUAUGUGGCUAGGACUAACUUUCUUUAAAUCCUUAGCUCUGUGUUGUUCUAUGUAGCACCAUGGUUCUGGAGAAACGUUGUCUCGUUUCACUAUGUACUACGUCAGAUAUAUAUGGUUGAAAUGACAAUAAAAGCUUCUUGAUUUGACUCUUGAUUUGACUAGCCAGGGGAGUCAUGUCAAGCAACAAAAGCAGAUGGGCUACAAAAGCAGAAUACUACACAAGUUCCACACUGGUAAUUCAAGAAUGAGAGCCUGAAUAUACAGUGUGCAAUCUCACCAAUCUUGCACAGUUAAAGGUCAGAAAAAUAAAACAGGCAAUAUUUUUCCAAAUUGUGGUUCCAAUGAGCAGGACUUAAGGUGCUCAUAUUAAAGUGACAUUAUUAUUAUUAUUAUUAUUAUUAUUAUUAUUAUUAUUAUUAUUAUUAUUAUUAUUAUUAUUAUUAUUAUUAUUAUUAUUAUUAUUAUUAUUAUGUUGGCAUUGUAGAAGGCAUGUACAUCAUAAAUACAUCAAAAAACUCAACCCAAUGAGGGGAACUCCCUCAGGAGUAUUCGGAUGACGUCACAUGCUCAUCUCCACUUGCUUCCAAAUGUUUUGGCACCCUAUCUUUAUGUCCACUUGCCUCCAAAAGUAACACUGACCCUUAUGUCCACUCACCUCCAAAAAAGCACCAGCCUUUGCGAAUACUUGCCUUGUCAAAGCCAACAUCAAAGUUUGUCGUGACAAACUUUACAAAUCUAGUUAUUAUUUGAACCAGGUUUAAACCAGCAACAAUAAACUCUGCUUAUUUACCAUUAGAGACAAGUUCAGAAUCAUUUACACUUGCACUAACAGCAUCUCGUUUAUUUCAUUAUUAUUCUUGUUGUGAGAUUGUGUGUAAAAAGGUGAAAAAUAUUAAUAGGCAUUCUUUAUUAAUAAUUAUUUUUAUUUAUGAAAUAAUAAACACAUAUUUCUUAUUUAUAGGUGUAGAAAUAUCUGAGUUUCUUGAAAGAAGCAUGAGUAAUUCUGUUAUUGUUCAUUUAGUUUCAAUUUUUAUUUACAUCCUGGUAUUUCAGAAUAACAGCAAGAAGAAAAAUAUCCAUUUCUUGUAAAUUCUGCUCAAGGUAUUUAUGGUUGGCAAAUCGAGGAGACCUCAGAAUAGAGUCUAAGCCUGGCCCUUUAGUAUACCAUGGAUGAAUAUUAUUGCUUUGUACUGAUAAAAAGCACAUCAAGCAUAUAGCAUGAUACAUGUGGCCUAACAUUAGGUGAGAUAAAUGUGUGAAAAAUGAAAGAUGACAUUUGCUGGAGCUGCAUAAAUGGAGAUGGUUAUCUCAUAGAAAGUCCAAGCUGAGGGAAAUAAAGCCUAAUCUGUCCUCUGUGACUAAGCUAAAAUGGGCAUGGAUUAAGGAAUUAAGGAGGCCAGUGCCUAUAAGAUCCAGUGAACCUUUGGAUAUCUAUGUAUUUCAAACCUUGUUGCAAUUGAUGAAAGCAAAUAUUAAGGCUUGAGCUUAGCCCAAGAACUAUAUUCACAGAACAUAUAAUAGGUUUGAUGGUCCAGGUAAAAUGUGAUUAUCAUUUCCUUCCUUUUAGCCGUUAUUAAUUAUUUCACUCAAGUCACUUUUACUUAACCUUUUCUUUAUGAACUCUUUCAGGGAAUCAUUUUCAUGCUCCUGAAAGUUUCAUUACUCAUAAUCCACUGAAAUUAUGAAAAAUAUUGAACAGUAAUGUUUUCUUGAAGUGAUUCUGCUAAGCUAUGAUCUACUGUGAUAUUAGACACUGAGGAGGAAUAUAAGCCAGGAACACUGUCUCAAAAGAGGGUCAUGCAGUGCAUGAGAAGAUGUUGUUUAAAAGCAGGGAUGGUGUAAGAACAUAACUGUCUUUUGGUCUAUCAUCACAAUGGCCUUUAAAAUACAGUAGGGAUGAAGCCUCCAGCUGGUGUACAGGAGAAGGAGACUAGAGAGAGUGGGAGGGCAUGGAGAAACAGGUGGGAUAACGACCUCGACAGCCAUCAUGUGAGGUGACUGGGGAAGUGCUGACUGAGGCAACCUGAAACAAAGUCUCCAAAGUGGCCAGACUAUCCUGGACUUGGGUUGGCUCAUGCUGGCACACAAAAAGGCCAUCUCAGUCAGCGGUCCACUCAAUCGAUGAAAAGAUAAUUCCCCCCGCGCAGACCUCAUGCAUUGCUGGGGCCCGUUUGCAGACCCUGACAGAGAGAGAUCAAGCAGAAAGGAUAUGAGUGGGAAACUUCAAAACCCGCUCAUGUUUCUGGGUCCGUGAAAGGAUUUGUAUAACACAUUCACUUUUUGAUGGACUUUCCCAUGUUUCCCUGGACAGCCCUUUUUGUGGAUGUGUUUGAAUAAAGUUUCUCUUAUGUUUUAUCUUUUUUUUUUUGAGAAAGUAAAAGCUAUGUGUGAGCUUGUUUUGCAGCAAUGCUGGCCAAUGCGAGGUCAGUCAGUCUCAUGCAGCAAGUGGAAGCAUAUGGAGUACCGCUGACUCCUCGGCUGCCAGGGAACCGGGUGCUGACAUGGAACGUAUAGGUUUGAUUCUUUUUCUGUUAUCUAAAUUAUUAAUAAUUAGAGCCCAGUUCAAUGGAUACAACUGUGAUGCCAACUUCCAUAGCCGUUUUCCUGCUGAGCGGGACAUCAGCGUGUACUGUGGAGUACAAACAAUCACUCUUAAGAUUAACUUCUGCCCGGUGCUUUUCUCUGGCUACACUGACACUGACUUAGCCCUAAAUGGGCGCCAUGGUGAUGCCCAUUGCCGAGGGUUCAUUAACAACAACACCUUUCCUACAGUAGUGUUAUUCAGCAUCAGCCUUAGCACACUGGAGGCCUGUGGCAACUUGCUAGUGGUAUCCAAAGCACAGGGUCCCAAUGCAUAUGGGAACCUUUCAUUGGUGCAGAUUGGGAAUAUAUCAGGGUACAUUGACACGCCUGACCCUCCUACUGUCAUCAGCUACCUGCCUGGACUCCUCUAUAAGUUCAGCUGCAGCUAUCCACUGGAGUACCUGGUGAACAACACUCAGCUGGCAUCGUCUGCCGCAGCGAUUUCAGUAAAGGACAGCAAUGGUACAUUUGUAAGCACACUGAACUUACUGCUAUACAAUGACUCCACAUACGUUCAGCAUCUGGCCAUCCCAAUGGAAGGCCUCACUCUGAAAACUCGUGUGUUUGCUGCGGUCAAAGCCACAAACUUGGACAGGAGGUGGAAUGUGCUGAUGGAUUACUGUUACACCACUCCAUCUGGGAAUCCUAAUGACAAGCUCCGAUACGAUCUUUUCGUUGGGUGUGACAAGGACCCUCAGACAACAGUGUUUGAAAAUGGAAAAAGUCAGAUGGGACGUUUCUCCUUUGAGGUAUUCCGCUUCGUCAAGCACAAGAAUCAGAAGAUGUCCACUGUCUUCCUGCAUUGUGUGACCAAGCUGUGCCGCUCAGACGACUGCCCAAUGCUUGUGCCGAUUUGUGGAAUGCGUAAGAAACGGGAUGUUCCAGAGAGUUCAGAGUCUCAUGCAGUAUCGGGAAAUGCUGUUAUAACUGCAGGACCCAUUAUCACUAGGAGUGAUGAAACCCCAACCAACAACUCUCAGCUGGCCCCGCUAAACAGUAUUCCAUUCAAGAUGACCUCUGUAACGAGUGCUCUCAUAUCUGGCAUUAUCAUCCUGGCUGUAAUGAGCAUGUGCUUCUUUAUCUUCUCUCUGACGCUCUUGAAGGGGAAACGCCCACCUCCAACGCCACUGGCUGGGGCUCACAAUCCAGCUUUCAGUUAAAUCAACAGACACAGACCCACACACAUACACACCCCAGCUCACUGGUGCAUUAUGUGGAAAUGUCGCAUUUAAGUUGGUAAAUAUGAUGAAUUUCGGUUAAUAGUAUUAACCAUAUGUCUCAUAUGGAAAAAUGGAUAGUUUUUGUGAUUUUUGACUAAAUAAUAAUGACAGGCUUUUGUUAGGAGCAGACACUAUCUAUAGUCAUAAACAUUAUACAGAGAUUAUACAGAAUAAAUAAUAUAGCACCAACAUAAACAAUGCAUUUUGAACAGCCACAUACUGUAGCUAAAAAUGCAUACAGUUGGACAAAAUUUCACCCCAUAGAGCAAUCCAAUCUAAAAGCUCCCCAGGUAAGAUAUUUACACCACUAUUAGGAUACAUAUUUACCUAUAAAACUAGUCGAUGUAGUAAACAUUUACGUGUAGUGCACAACGAUUCCAGUGAAACAGGACAUUUUAGACAGACGUGCUUUGUCAGCUGUGUAAGUAAUGUUAUGUCUGGGAUUCUGUCAAUAAAACUAGUCUAAAAAUUAUAUAGUCAUAUACUAUUGUAUAGCAUAAUCUGAAAUAGAGAACAGGUUUUAAUGAUACGAAUCAUAUUUGCUGUAGAUUUGUUUAAAUCAGUAAGCAAACCUACAGCUCUCUUUAUACAGGUAUUUAAGUAACAGCGUGGAUCCAAAUCUGUGAGAGUGAAUCUUAACUUAAAGUCAAUACCUCAGUCUCUCACCAUCUGAUUGCAGGGUGUAGGAUCUAUUACAUUUCCGUGCAUAGACACAGGUACAUUUUACACUUCAUUUAUCAAAUUGUGCCACAACUAUUAGGCUGCAAUAAAGUCAAGCUGCAAGAUAUGAGGAAGAGGGAAAGAGGACUGGGUAUAACACCUUAUGAAGACUUGCAGCCUGAUUGAUGUGGUUGCCAUGAAUAACAAUGUUACUCUCUCUCUCUCUCUCUCUCUCUCU